ACGGCAUCACGGCGCAGAGAACAGAGGAACAACACAAAAGCCCAUCCCCCCCUCAUCUGCCACCCACACACCGCCCAUCAAGCCGCACGGUGGUGUCCAGACAUCAUAGCAAAUGCACGGCCGCCGGACGCCACUACACGAGCAUCAUUCUAAAGCCACGCCGUCGUGUUUCUGUAUAGCUACUAGGUCGAAGAAAGCCUGCACCCGCAGCGUGACGGCACGGAUUUGCGAUCAGCUGUCUAAUCGCCCUUGCCGUGACGAUGCCCUCUCGGAUUUGGCCGCACUUGCCAGUCUCCCCGCGCACGUAAGUCAUUGGCACCGUCGCUCAUAUAUACUACCCACUAUACACGCAACUCGCAACAGCAAGGACACGUUACAUCUCCUUUCUUCACCUUUACAGGAUCUUAGAACCGCGGAGACACACCUUGUGGAGCCGCCGACGAAAACGUCGGCCCAGUGCAGCUACAGGCCCUUCGGUUCGUCCGACGCCGCGUAUUUUGACUUGGGCCGAGUCUGUUUCGCUUGGCGCCCCCAGCAUAUGCACACAUCUGGUUCCGGGGCAGCGCAGCUAUUAGGGCCCUUCGGUUCGUCCGACGCCGCGUGGUUUGCCGCCCCGGGCAAGAUGUGUGCUUUGCGCUCCACUUGGUUUGCGUUUUACUUCUCCAACAAAAUCUGCCGAGUUGUUGGUCCACAAUCAUGUGGAGCCGCCAGCAAAAUGUCGGUUCAGGGCAGUUUCGAGGCCCUUCGGUUCGUCCGACGCCUCGGGGUUUGACAAGGGUUCGUCCCUCUCGCUCUGGGCCGAGUUUGUUUUGCUUGGCGCCUCCAGCAAAUGCACACAUCUGGUCCGGGGCAGCUACAAGGCCCUUCGGUUCGUCCGACGCCUCGUGGUUUGACAAGGGUUCGUCCCUCUCGCACCGGGUCAAAGAUGUGUGCUUUGCGCUCCACUUGGUUUUGAGCCUCCCCU